CUUUUGGGGGCGGGGUCCCCGGUCCCGCGUCGCCCGGGCGGCCGCUAUUGUCUGCGCGCCUCGCUUGGCGGCGCAGGGGGCGUGAUCGCGGCAGCCCCGGGCGCGGGGUGCGGAUACCCGGGCGGGGCUCGGCCCAGGGCGGCGGCGGGAGCAGCCGAGGGAGCCGCGGGAGCCGAGGAGCCGGAGGAGGAGGAGCUGCGAGCGCGGGAGCCGAGCCGGAGCCGCGCGGGCCGCGGGCGAGCGCGAUGCCGGCGGCUGCUGGGGACGGGCUCCUGGGGGAGCCGGCGGCGCCGGGGGGCGGCGGCGCGGAGGACGCGGCCAGGCCGGCGGCGGCCUGCGAGGGAAGUUUCCUGCCGGCCUGGGUGAGCGGCGUGCCCCGUGAGCGGCUCCGCGACUUCCAGCACCACAAGCGCGUGGGCAACUACCUCAUCGGCAGCAGGAAGCUGGGCGAGGGCUCCUUCGCCAAGGUGCGCGAGGGGCUGCACGUGCUGACCGGGGAGAAGGUGGCCAUAAAAGUCAUCGAUAAGAAGAGAGCCAAAAAGGACACCUAUGUCACCAAAAACCUGCGGCGAGAGGGACAGAUCCAGCAGAUGAUCCGCCACCCCAAUAUCACUCAGCUCCUUGAUAUUUUAGAGACGGAAAACAGCUACUACCUGGUCAUGGAACUGUGCCCUGGGGGCAACCUGAUGCACAAGAUCUAUGAGAAGAAGCGGCUGGAGGAGUCCGAGGCCCGCAGAUACAUCCGGCAGCUCAUCUCUGCUGUGGAGCACCUGCACCGGGCCGGGGUGGUCCACAGAGACUUGAAGAUAGAGAAUUUGCUACUAGAUGAAGACAAUAAUAUCAAGCUGAUUGACUUUGGUUUGAGCAACUGCGCAGGGAUCCUGGGUUACUCGGAUCCGUUCAGCACACAGUGUGGCAGCCCCGCCUACGCCGCGCCCGAACUGCUGGCCAGGAAGAAAUAUGGCCCCAAAAUCGAUGUCUGGUCCAUAGGUGUGAACAUGUAUGCCAUGUUGACCGGGACACUGCCUUUCACGGUGGAGCCUUUCAGCCUGAGGGCUUUGUAUCAGAAGAUGGUGGACAAAGAAAUGAACCCCCUCCCCACCCAGCUCUCCACAGGUGCCAUCAGUUUCCUGCGCUCUCUCCUGGAACCAGAUCCUGUGAAGAGGCCAAAUAUUCAGCAGGCACUGGCGAAUCGCUGGCUUAAUGAGAAUUACACAGGAAAAGUGCCCUGUAAUGUCACCUAUCCUAACAGGAUCUCCCUGGAAGACCUGAGCCCGAGUGUUGUGCUGCACAUGACCGAGAAGCUGGGUUACAAGAACAGCGACGUGAUCAACACUGUGCUCUCCAACCGCGCCUGCCACAUCCUGGCCAUCUACUUCCUCCUAAACAAGAAACUGGAGCGCUACUUGUCAGGGAAAUCUGACAUCCAGGACAGCCUCUGCUACAAGACCCGGCUCUACCAGAUAGAAAAGUACAGGGCCCCCAAGGAGUCCUACGAGGCCUCUCUGGACACCUGGACGAGAGAUCUUGAAUUCCAUGCUGUGCAGGAUAAGAAGCCCAAAGAGCAAGAAAAAAGAGGGGAUUUUCUUCAUCGACCAUUCUCUAAGAAGUUGGACAAGAACCUGCCCUCACACAAGCAGCCCUCAGCCUCGCUCAUGACACAACUUCAGAACACCAAAGCCCUGCUGAAGGACCGGAAGGCCUCCAAAGCCAGCUUCCCCGACAAAGAUUCCUUCGGCUGCCACAGUAUUUUCCGCAAAGCCUCUGAUUCCAACUGUGUGGCUUCUUCUUCCAUGGAGUUCAUCCCUGUCCCGCCGCCCAGGACCCCGAGGAUUGUGAAGAAGCCAGAGCCCCAUCAGCCGGGGCCUGGAAGCACCGGCAUCUCCCACAAGGAAGAACCCCUGAUGCUGGAGAUGGUGCGCUCCUUCGAGUCUGUCGAUCGCGACGACCACAUAGAAAUGCUGUCUCCCUCUCAUCACUACAGAAUUCUGAACUCCCCGGUGAGCCUGGCUCGCAGGAAUUCCAGCGAGAGGACACUGUCCCCGGGUCUGCCGACCGGAAGCAUGUCACCUCUCCAUACUCCUUUGCAUCCCACUGUGGUCUCUUUUGCUCAUGAAGAUAAAAACAGUCCCCCUAAAGAGGAGGGCCUGUGUUCCCCACCUCCAGUUCCCAGCAGCGGCCCCGUGCAGCCUCUGGGGAGCCCCAAUUGCGUGAAAAGCCGAGGCCGGUUCCCCAUGAUGGGCAUCGGACAGAUGCUAAGGAAGCGGCAUCAGAGCCUGCAGCCAUCCGCAGAUAGGCCCCUGGAGGCCAGCCUGCCCCCACUGCAGCCCCUAGCCUCCGUGAACCUUGCCUUCGACAUGGCCGAUGGGGUCAAGACCCAGUGCUAACUUGGGCCAGCGGGAUUUGGGGUAUCGUAGAAAACAGCAACGGACCAGAGCUCCGCACAUCUGUCAGGGUGUAAACAUUCCAGGACCUCGUGUGGAGCAUCCUUAGUGACCCGUUGGUUCCUGCCACGCAGCGUCCCACCUGUAGCUGAAUCCACAAAGCCUGCACCACCCAACCUCGCUUAGGGACCCCCAGAGAUGCUGGAAUCACCAGGAGGGUUGGCUCCAGGGGCAGCCAAUUCCAGUCCUUCAGAUCUUCCUUCUUCUCAACCACUCACCAACCCCUUCCAGUUCCCACUUCUGGGCUUGGGGGAAAAAUGGGGCAUCAGCCUUCUGGGGCACUCAGAUAAUGGACUGUUACCAGAUCUUUCUUCACACUGUGCUACCUGUGUGCCUCUCACAGCAGUCGGCCACAGUCACAGGGAGAGAACAACAUCACAGUCAUUCAUCCAGGCCACGUUUCCUCUGCAGAGUGUAGCAGCCCUGCCUUUCACAGCAGGGAUUCCCUGAAGGCCAGCAGGAGCUGGGGGUAGGCCCAGGAUACUCAGAGGAAGACGGAGGGGAGCUUCGGACCAAGAUCAAACAGUGGGAACCUCGACAGAAGAGAAAGACUGAAGGAGACACUCAUUUCCCAAGCAAGAUAUUGAUAGAUUUUUUUUUUUUUUUGGUUGAAACAUGCUAAUGAUUGAAUUACCUUUUCCAAAGAGAUUUUUUUUUUAAUGUGAUGUUGGUAAAUUGAAAUAACAUAAUUUUUAAAAACUUGGAUGGAGAGAUGAGAAGCAAUUCCACCAAACUCAUGUUUUCACGACAGGGUUCAGUGUGGAGGGCAAAAGAGCUGUCUGUCGUGAUGUGCUGAGUGGCAUGGCCCAUGGGCAGGGCAAGAUUUCCAUGGUUCAGCGUUCAUCCUGUUGUUUAAGGCAUAGCCCUGAGCCUUCUGGCAGGCACAGAACACAGUUAUGGCUGGUUAUGUCGAAAGAGAGAAAAGAUGAUUGUGACAAUUCAGAGCAUAAUUCGGAUGGCAAGGAGGUAGCAUGACCUCUGUGUGAUGUGGAUUUCAAGCUGCCCAGAUAACAAGUGUGGCUCAGAACUCAGCGAGUUUGCUGGAAGCAGGGAGCCGGCUUGCCUGGCAGAGAACCUGUUCAGAUACAGGCCAGUUUCUUCUUUGGGGAAAGCCGAGCUCCUCAAACAGGGCUCAGUCCACGUUGUGUGUUCACACCUUUCUCCAAGGAUCGAACCAAAGAUGCGUCUCCAGUGUUGUGUCUGUGCCCCCUGUGUGUGCGUUUUGUGGAGCCCCGUGCUGUCUGACUGUGUCCAGCUGGCACUUGGCAGGAUGCGCUCGGUUGUGAGCAGAAUCAAAAGAAGAAUCAGCACAGGUUGGAUAGGGGUUAAUGUAGGAGACUGGUUACAGACAGGCCUGGAGUCUUCAACUUUUGACCUGUGCAGGUGCGACCAGAGACGACCUCUGUGGCCACCUUAGAUGGCCACCUCAGUCCAUGGAUCCCAAAACACAAAUCUAGAAUUGCAAAGCCAGCCUUUAUGUCCCUGGCAGGCAGCCUUGCCAGAGGGCAGAGAGGUAGUUCUGAAACAUUCUGUCAUUCACCAGUGGGGACGUCCCUUAGUCCCUCAUGUCUCUGACGGAGCAGGAGAGAAUGGAUAUUUGGCCAACUUUGGCAAGACCUGGAGCUGCUGCUUUCCUCCCUAAGGGAUCACUCCAGUGUUAGGGCAUUCUAGGAUGAGGUCAGACUGCUUGGCUAUUGGUGUUUUUUUGCAUAGCUUCAGACUGGGUUCCAGAACUUACCAUUGAAAA